AUGAGUUUUCAUGACGAUUCGCAUAUUUUAUCACAGCUGGGAAUCUUGGAUUCGCACGAGCGCAGUCCCAAGCGAGACACUGCGCCAACAGACAAAAAAUUCGUGGAUGUAAAGCUGACGGCGUCGGUUUCAGAUGACGAUGAGGACGAUGAUGAGGAUUUGGUCUUUGACAGAAACAACCUGUUAUCCUCCAACAAACGACAGAAUGCUUCACUAAUUCGAGGGAGAGCUGAUAAUCAAACAAUUCGAUUUCUGAUUCUUUUGAUCCUUUUUCUAAUUGCUGGACUUGUAAGCACUGCGACCAGCCUAUCUAUAUGUUCCGUUCGACACGAGGUGAUAGGAUGUCUUUGGACUUGUAUUGGAAUGUUUUGUGGCGCUUGGGCUACCAAGCUCACCGCUUCCCGGUCAAAUCUGAUGCUGUUCCUACUCGCAACCCUUCUCACUCUCCUUGUCAAUCUGUUUUUCGCUUUUAGCUUCUCAUUUCUGUUCGCUCUCCGCGGAUUUUUCGUCGGAGCCACCUUGUAUGGUGGAGCUCUCGUUUGGUUCGCUUUCUGGAGGAAACAACCAAGGAAAUUGCUUAUUUUGCUGUUGGUAUUUUCCGCUGGAGGUCUGCUAGCAAUGUCUGUGAAAACUAGCGUGUUUUCCGAAGCCACCAGCUCCCUCGCCGAUAUGAGCAUAGUCACCAGAUCCAUUCAAAAUACAGUAUCCCGUUUGAAAAGAGCCGCUGCUGUCCCAGAGGAAACUGAUAAAACGCUGCUUCCCUUCGUGGCUGUUGUCGAUAAUUCUACACAGAAAAUUAUCAAUGAUACUGCAGAUUCUACAGUGAAAAAACCCGAAGUGGCGACUGGAACACUGGAAAAAUCCAAGACCAAAACCGAGAUGAACGCUGAAAAAGAGAAAGAAGUGGAGGAGAAAAAACUGCCGGUGGUUGAUGGAAAUACGAAUUCCACGGAUUCAGAAGCCACGACGACGUCUUCUAGUACUUCUACGACUACUACAACCUCUACAACGACGACGACGACCACAGAAGCUCCAACAACGACUUCUACAACUACAACGACCACGACGACGACUACAGAAGCGCCAACGACGACUACAAAAGUGAUUACUGUAGAUGUGAAAACGAGGGAUAGCAAAGAAGAAGCGAGACGGAGGAAGCAAGAGGAUCCAUCUCCCCAAUCCAUCGUAUCCCCUCCAUACCCUGCAAACUGCCCCUCCGACUCCCUCUUCUUGACUGGAAACGUGGCAUCUGCUGAAGAAACCAUCUCCUCAUUCGUCAAAACUUUUGUAUCUUUUGGUGUCAUAAUCUAUUUUAUCUCCUAUGCCCUCUGCUGUCUUCCAUGUGGAUUGAAGCCAGAUUCGAAAGUCAAAAAGCUAGAAUCCGAUUCGAUUGUUGGUCUGGGAAUGCGUCUGAGGAUUCUGAUAGCCGCUGUACAGACAAUUGUUGGAUUUUUGCAUCAAAUCAAACAUUUCCACUCGUCGAAUCAACCCAAUGCCAGUUCUGAUCACAUUCUAGUCUGUGUAUUUGUGGUGAUCACACUGUUGGUGAUGGCUUUUGGAGGACACAAAGUUGGCACACUUGAAGCUGUGAUUGUCUCCUACCUGCUUACCGUGUUCGGAGAAGUCGUUCUUCUAUUUUCAGCGAAUUCUCAAUUUGGGAAUAUUGUAUCAAAUUGUGGAUUGACUGCCAUUUGGGUUUCGCUCUUUUUCGUUGUGGAGAUCUUCCUCCAAGUGCGUGCCACCGUCCAACUUGCCUACUUCCUAAUUGCUUGGAUCGUCGGCCGCGCCAUAGCCUGUCUUUUUGCACUGGAACCAGUUUUCGAAGGCCUAGAACAUUCAUUCUGUGUCCUUUUCACGAUUUCCAUUGGAAUUCUACUGUUCUAUAUCGUCAGAAUGCUCCAAAAAUCGAAACGGCUCAAAGAGAUUCUGGAUAAUUCGAGUGCUCCGAUUGUUGCUCAUUCGACAGGAGAUGGAGAGUAUAUCUCGUUAACUGCUCAAGACGUUUUGGAUGAUGAUGAUUUGAUUGAUGAUGAUGAGAUGGAUCGAAGCUCAAUGGAUCUGGACUACGAGCUGGAGCAACUGGGACUUGAGCCAGUUGGAGCAUCAUCGCGGUCAUAA